AUUUCAAAUUUUCUUUCUCCAAAACCCAAUCUUUUGCUCUAAAAUCUCUCAAUCUCUCUCUCUCUCUCUCUGUGUACAGUCGGAGAUUGCAGGAAUCCGGCGAACCUGAAAGCAUUGCGACGUGGCAGUCGUCGGAAUCUGAAAUUCUGAUAAUGGAGCAAACUGAGAACAUAGAUUUCCCGCCAAAACGUCCACGUUCAGUUGGAGCUACGCGGAAAACCGUUACAGAGGACUCUGUGGCUUUCCCGCGAAAAAAAAAUCGAAUUAGGCAGCUUGAUUUCACAGAGUUUCCGGUGAAGCCGAUCUCGGUGGUGCCGCAUUCGCAUUUGCCUCCGCGGAUUCCUCUUUCCACAAUAAACUCUGAGUCCCCAAGAUCACAGCCACAGCUUAACAUCAAUGCAAGCAAUGAUACUCCGAAGCGUAAAAAACAUUGCACUUGCAAGCAUUCAAAGUGCUUAAAGUUGUACUGUGAGUGCUUCGCUGGUGGAAUAUACUGUGAUGGAUGCAAGUGUGCUAAUUGUUAUAACGAUGUUGAGAAUGAGGAUGUAAGGAUAGCAGCUAUUGAAGGUAUUCUGGAGCGUAACCCAAGUGCAUUCAAGCCUAAGAUUGCCAGCAGUCCACUUAAAACACCGGAUAACAGGGAUGAAGAAAACGUUAGCCCAAUGGUUGGGAAACACAACAAGGGAUGUAACUGCAAGAAAACAUGGUGCCUUAAAAAAUAUUGUGAAUGCUUCCAAGCUAACGUUCUGUGCUCUGAGAACUGCAAAUGUGUGGACUGCAAGAAUUUUGAAGGAUCUGAGGAGUGCUUGGCUGUUUUACAUGGCGACCAUUCUAAUACCAAUACCUGCAUCCAACAGGCCAAUGCUGGUUUAUCUGGUGCUUUUGACUCACUAGGCACCAGAUUCUCUCCAGGAUUAGGGAAAAGAAAAGGUCAUGAACUCCUUGAUUCAAAAGAGAAGAAUUCACAAAUUCAAAGGCUAACACUGCAUCACAAGCCAAUGAAUCCUCUCAGUGAUUCUGAUCCAUUGUCUGCCUUGUCUGUUUACCCUGUGCGUCAAGUUAUUGGUUCUCCUGUACUGCAUUCCCCAAAGUUUAGAUACAGAUCAUUGUUAGCAGAUGUCAUUCAGCCAGAAGACACAAAAAAGCUCUGCUCAUGUUUGGUUCUAGUAUCAGAGUUUGCUCAAAUAGGUGCAGACAAUAAUAGUGCGUCAGGCAAGCAAGAACGAGGACACAGUGACACUGCAAGUCUUCUUGUAGGCCAGGACAAGGGAAACUGCCAGGGAGAACCAGAAACUCAGAAAAUGCCUGAUAGCCAUUUGAGAAACAACGGAGCCGCUACAAUUGGCACAGAUGAUUUUAGAUCUGGUCUCUACAUGAAGCAUGAAAGGCUUGUGUUGAAGGAUUUCUUGAGUUGCCUUAAGAAUCUCAUCACUUUUGGUCACAUGAAAGGAACAAAUUGCUUCCCAUCGAAGCUAAUUGACAAUGCAAAAAUGUCAGCAGCGGGAUUUUAGAAAGUCAGAACUGAAGCAUCAG